AUGUCUUCUAGAGCUCAAUCGGAACCUAAUCAUAACGAAUCUAAGUCAAAUGUAUUUGAAAAGGCCCUACAGACAUGGAGCGAAAUAGAUUUACAGUCCUUACAGAAAAAAUUGGACGAACAGGGGUUGGAAAUUAAAGAAUCUCAAAAAUCAAGUUUAAUCAGUAGAAAGAAUUUAGCUUCAAAAACAAAAGAGUUCAGAAAAUUGGAGGAUUCUGAGAAAUUGGAACAAUUUAAAACUUUACUAAAACUAUAUCAGAAUGAAAUUGACUCGUUAACAAACAAGAAUAAGAAUGUUGAAAAUUACUUUUUUGGUACCUACAGAGUACUAUCAGAGGCUCCUGAUCCAAAACCUUUGUUGGAAAUGUCAUUGGACUCAGUAAUGGAAAGCAAGGAUAUGAUAAAUUUGAGAACAGAAGUUGGAGCUUUGCAAGAAGAAUUAUCAAAGAAAGCAGAUUAUGAUCAAUUGAAACAAAGACUACUACUGAAUGAACAAAAAUCAGCAGAAUUAUUAAGUACAAAGUUAAAAGCAAAAGAAGCCGAGAUGAAAUCAAUAAUAGAGGAAAAAGAAAGUAAUUGGCAACAAAAGGAGAAGCAAUUUGAGGAUCAAUUGAGUACUGCUCAAAAGCAAAUUGAAGAAAUGAGAGCUUCAAAAGAAGUGACUGAAUUGCAAUUGGAUAAUCAAAACAAAGGUCAAUCUAAUAAUUAUGAAAAUGGAUCAGCAUCAUUGAUGGCAGAAUUGGAUAUGGUCAGAAGAGAUUCAGAACUGUCAAAAAAGAGAAUUUUUGAGUUGGAGAAAAGAAAUGAAGAGUUAAGAAGAGAAAUAUCAAAAUCAAAAACUGAUAACAGCGUAGAUAUUGUCAAAAAUGAAUGUGAAAAGAAAGUCAAUGAAAUGGAAAGUGAAAAUAUAUUACUUGUCGCUAAUGUUGACCAAUUAAGAAAACAAAUUUCGGAAAGUUCAAAAUUACAUGACUCUAGAUUAGAGAUAAUGAGUAGAGAGAAUUCUCAAAUGAAUCAAGAGAUUGCAAAUUUAAAAUCCAAAUUACAUAAAACUUCAGAUUAUGAAGAAAUUAAACAUGAAUUGCAUUUAUUAAGACAAAUAGAGUUUGGACAUGAAGAAGAAGAAGGAAGUGAAGCUGAUGAUAAAAAUGUAAAGAUCGACUCAAUAGUGAUAGAGAGAAAUAAAGCCAUGACUCAAGAACUAGCCAAUUAUAGGUCACAACAUCAAGAUUUCUAUACAAAAAUCGAUAACCUUGAACAACAAUUAAGCUCGUCAAAUCAGAUGAUCAGUUCAUUAAAAGAUUUAAACACGAAAUUAGAGAACGAUUUAGCUGAAUUGCAAGACUCAAACCAGGGGUUUAAUGAUAAUUCAAGUUUAAUAUCUGGAAUAAGUAGGUUGGCAAGACCUACAAAUAUAAGAAAUGGAAGUAUAGUUUCAGGAAUAUCAGGUGAAAGAGGAAGUAUAAGCGGUUUAGAUGAUACAUCAUCUAUUUUACCAAUUAUAACAAAACAAAGAGAUAGAUUUAGGGAAAAAAAUAAUGAAUUGGAAGAAGAAUUAAGAAAACAAAUUAAUCAAAUAAAUGAUAUGAAAAGACAAAUAAAUUCAUUAAAACAAGAUAAUGAAGAAUUAUAUGAACGUGGUAGAUAUUUGCAAUCAUUUCAAACACCAGGUACUAAAAAUAUCACUACAACAUCAUCGGGAAGAAAAUUUUUAAACCCCAAACCAAACAAUUAUGACUUGGAGAAUAAUAAUCAAUCAAACUAUCAAAGAAACUAUGAAAAUAAAUUACAUCCAAUUGAACAAUUUAGAAUUAAAGAACAAGAAAGAAUAAAUUCAAGAUUAUCACCAUUAGAAAGAUUAUUUAUAUCAAUAACAAGAGCUGUUUUAGCUACAAGAACUACAAGAAUGGUUUUUUUUGCUUACUGUUUAGGUUUACAUAUUGUCGUUAUGUUUAUGACUAUAUAUGCUAUGAAUAUUCAUACAUCAUUGAUACCUGAAGUUGGUUUAAAUUCAAGUACUGGUGGAAUAGCUUCAAAUCAAGUAGGCUCUCCUGGAUCGGUUCGAAAAAUUCAAGAUCCAUCAUGA